UUCCUGGAUCUGACCCAGAAGAAACUCUACACAGAUGUGAUGCUAGAAACCUUCUGGAACCUGGCAUCAGUAGCAUGUAUUUUAGAAGAAAAAUGUGAAGACCAUGACAUUGAAGAUCAGUAUGAAAAUCAUGGGAUGAAUCUUAGCUGUCAUAUGGUAGAGAAUCUCUGUAAAUGGAAGGAUGAUUGUCAAUGCAGAGGAAACUUCAGUCAGAUUCCAAAUCAUAAUGAAAAGAGGGAAACGUUUAGUGAAAUAAAACAACCUAAAUCCAGGUUGUGUAGUCAAGUCUUCAUGCAUUAUUUAUCCUUUAAUAACCACCUGAGCUCUCCCAUUGGGCCCAAACUAUACCUGUGUCAGGAAUAUGAAGAAAACCCUUAUAAAUGUAAGGAACCUGAGAACGCUAUUAAUCAUCACCAACAAAUUCAAAGACAUGAAGGGAGACCCAGUGGAGAAAAGACCUAUGAAUGUAAGGUAUGUGGGAAAGCUUUCCACUAUUCAACUUCCCUUAGAAAUCAUGAAAGAUCACAUAUUGGUGGGAAACCAUAUGAGUGUAAGCACUGUGGCAAAGGCUUUAGUCGUCUCAUUUACUUUAUAAUUCACAAAAACAAUCAUAAUGGAGAGAAACUAUAUCAAAGUAAGCAAUGUGGCAAAGCUAUCAGUUCUCCCAAGUAUUCUCGAGAAAAUGAAAGAACACACACUGGAGAAAAGUCCUAUCAAUGUAAGAAAUCUGGUAAAAGUUUCAGUUCCAGUUCUCUUAGAAAUCAUGAAAGAACACAUACUGGUGAGAAACCUUAUGAAUGUAAGCAAUGUGGGAAAGUCUUCAGUUGGCUCAGCUCUCUUGGAAAACAUAAAAAAAGUCAUGAUGGAAAGAAGCCUCAUGAAUGUAAGGAAUGUGGUAAAACAUUCCGUUACCGUUGUUCCCUUAGAGAUCAUGAAAGAACUCAUACAGGAUCAAGACCCUAUGAAUGUAAGCAUUGUGGUAAAGACUUCUCUCAUCGAACGUCCCUCCAACGUCAUGAAAGAAUUCAUACUGGGGAAAAACCCUAUAAAUGUAAACUUUGUUGCAAAGCUUUUUCUUAUGUAGUUUCCCUCCAUCGUCAUGAAAGAACUCAUACUGGGGAAAAACCAUAUGAAUGUAAGCUUUGUGGUAAAGUUUUCUCGUAUUCAACUUCCCUCCAAAAUCAUAAAACAACUCAUACUGGGGAAAAACCCUAUGAAUGUAAGCAAUGUGGGAAAGUCUUCAGUAGGCUCAGCUCUCUUGGAAAACAUAAAAAAAGUCAUGAAGUAAUGAAUCCUCAUGAAUGUAAGGAAUGUGGUAAAACAUUCUAUGAUCCCUAUUACUUUCGAGAUCAUGAAAGAAUCCAUACUGGGUCGAAACCCUAUGAAUGUAAGCAUUGUGAUAAAGAUUUCUCUCGUCGAACUUCCCUCCGACGUCAUGAAAGAAUUCAUACUGGGGAUAAACCCUAUAAAUGUAAGCAUUGUGGCAAAGCUUUCUCUUAUCCCACUUACCUCCAAUGUCAUGAAAGAACUCAUACUGGAGAAAAACCCUAUAAAUGUAAGCAUUGUGGGAAAGUCUUCAGUAGGCUCAGCUCUCUUGGAAAACAUAAAAAAAGUCAUGAAGUAAUGAAUCCUCAUGGAUGUAAGGAAUGUGGUAAAACAUUCUAUGAGCCCUAUUACUUUCGAGAUCAUGAAAGAAUCCAUACUGGGUCGAAGCCCUAUAAAUGUAAGCAUUGUGGCAAAGCUUUCUCUUAUCCAGUUCCCCUCCAAGAUCAUGAAAGAACUCAUACUGGAGAAAAACCCUAUGAAUGUAAUUGUGGCAAAGCCUUUCAUAGUCGCAAGUACUCUCAAGAACAUGAAAGAACACAAUGUGGAGAAAAGCCCUAUGAAUGUCAGCAAUGUGGUAAGACUUUUAACUUUUCUACAUCUCUUAGAUAUCAUGAAAAAAUGCAUACUGGGAAGAAACCCUAUGAAUGUAAGCAAUGUGGGAAAGCUUUCAGACAUUCCACUUCUCUUAGAAAUCAUCAAAGGAUGCACACUGGGGAGAAACCCUAUGAAUGUAAGGAAUGUGAGAAAGCCUUUUUCUCUACCAAAUGUCUUAGAGAACAUAAAAUAACUCACCAUGGAAAGAAGUCUCAUGAAUGUAAGGAAUGUGGUAAAAGUUUCCUUUAUCCCUAUUACCUUAGAAAUCAUGAAAGAACUCAUACUGGGGAAAAACCUUAUGAAUGUAAGCAUUGUGGCAAAGCCUUCUCUUAUCCAGCUUCCCUUCGAUGCCAUGUAAGAACUCAUACUGGUGCCCUAGCCAGUUUUGCUCAGUGGAUAGAGUGUCGGCCUGCGGACUGAAGGGUCCUGGGUUCAAUCCUGGUUCAUUUAUCUCUCAGCUGUACCAUCAUGUAUGAUAAUCCAUAUUGGGAUGGACCCUAGAAAUAUAAGAGGGUUAGAAAGCAUUCAUUUCUUCCAAUUUAAUAUGAAGGAUGAAAGAACUCACUGAAGAGAGGCCCUGUCAUGUAAAGAUGGUAAAAGAGCCUUUGGCCAUCCUAGUUCUUUACAAAAUCAUGAAGGGACUCACACACAACAAUAAGUUUAUGAACAUAAGGAAUGUAGGAGAACCUUUCCUGGACAUGUGAAAAUGCACCUGUAGAAAUAGUGAACACAUAUAGUGAAGAUGGGAGUCUUCAACUGUCCCUUUUGCUUGGAAAGGUCAUGAAAAAACUCAAAGUGGAGAAUUGUAUUGAAUGUAAAAAUGUAGGAAAACCUUCAUGUUGCCUCAUAGCCCUAUAAUACCAUGUGAGAAUGUACACUGUAUAAUUGACAAUUAAAACAAACUUUAA